GUUUUCUCGGUCCAAGUAUGUAUUCAUUAAAACAAAAAAAAGGGGCACGAGCAGUAAGGUAGAAACAAUGAGAGAUAGUGCGAUUCAAAAAAACAACAAGAGCCUUUACACUCGCCCCUCAUUUAUUCGAAUUACCGGUGUGUAUUUAUAUCCAUCCGUCGUGGUUCGAGUAAGACACGAAGUUGAAGUUCUUGAGAAGCCCGAAAUUCCUGUAGUUUUCGAAAGAAUUCGAAAGGCUGUCGAAGGUACCGAUGUUUCUUGUCGAUAAAGAGAAUCGAAGCACCCUUGUGUACGGCGCGCGUGGGAAUUUUCCGUGACGACGCCGAGUAAACGAGUUUUCUUUCGUGAGGCACGAACCGUCGUUAACUCAACGUAAGGACGAAAGAAAAUAAAGACCGAGGAGGAAAGAAAAAACAUCAUGAGAAAAGUCAAUUGAGGAUUCGUAGCUGUAAUAAUUUCUACUUUUCCCGAACAAGAAAAGAGGAAAAAAGAAAAAUCAAGUGAUAAUCAAGGCGAACGGCGCCAUCACCUAGAUGUAGCCGUGGAGAACGCAAGGUUCGCCGAUUCGAUCCUCUCUUGUCUCGCGAAGACGACUAGGCUGAGGAGAAGGGGACGGCAUAAUGGUGUGAAGGUACGAAGAAGAGUCGAGAAGAGAGAAGUGGAAGAAGAAGAGGAAGAAAAAGGGGUGUCUAACAAGACGAUGACGUCUAGACAAAGCAAAGACCCUGUGCAGAAGUGCCAUUCGGACCCAGGUGCCGGAAGUACCCCUGGCACUUCUUAUAGCCCUACUAAGCGAAUUUCUCGCAAACAAGUGCCCGGCAUUUCGAGUUCCGCCAAUACGCGAAAGUGUGUCCUCACUUUGGAUGGCUACAGUUACGUGAUCGUUGCAUCUCCGCCGGAUAGAAGGGUCACGAGAGACGAUAUGGGGGUGGCCUCGCAUGAUACAGCUGCGAACACGGCUACCGGCUGUUCAAGUGGUACAACCCCACCUCGCCCGCACAAUCCUUCCUCCCCUGGUCGAAAUGGUCAGCUAUCGAAGCAAGGCACGCUGACGAUAGUACGACGCAGUUCGGGCAAAAGCAAAAGCCUCGGUGGUGGCAGUUUCGAGAGUUCCCCGCCAUCACAUAAUCCUGACAGGUUUUUGUCGAGUCAGUCUGUGGAUCUCGACGAGAUCCUCGAUAAUGUUGAUCUCACGACAGAUUCACUACCCGCCAUUGACACCCCCGACGCCUGUGACAAAGCUGCUCUCAGACUUCGAUGUCUGUUAAGGCAGCUUCAACAUGGCGAAAUAUCCGCCGAAUUGCUCCAACGAAAUUUACAUUAUGCGGCGCGUGUACUUGAAGCAGUCUUCAUCGACGAGACAAAGGUGAGUUCAGGCGGGAAUGAGUGCUCUCGGUCAUCACGUAGGGGUGCGGGCCUGACUUCUACAUCCCUGGGGGGCAGCAUGGACCCGGAUGGACAACAGAGCCACGCGGUGGUAACCCAGAAAAGGAAGCUUCGCACCCCUGUGUGGGAAAGAGAUGCCGACCAUACGGAAUCAACUGCUACUAGCCGACAAGGUGUACGCCGUAGACGAUUGGCCGACGAAGAUGACGAAUUGUCCGAAGUACAACCGGACGCGGUACCACCCGAAGUUCGUGAAUGGUUGGCGUCGACCUUCACCAGACAACUUGCCACGACAAGGCGGAAGGCGGAUGAGAAACCCAAGUUUCGAUCUGUGGCUCACGCUAUUAGAGCUGGGAUUUUCGUUGAUCGGAUUUAUAGGAGAGUCACCAAUACCGCUCUCAUGCAAUUUCCACCAGAUGUGGUUAAAGUACUUAAGACGUUGGACGACUGGUCUUUCGACGUGUUUUCAUUGAACGAAGCUGCAGUCGGAGCUCCUGUCAAAUACAUAGGCUACGACCUACUGAAUCGGUACGGUAUGUUACACAAGUUUAAAGUACCACCUGCGGUUCUGGAAUGCUUCCUAGGAAGAAUUGAAGAAGGAUACUGCAGACAUCGAAAUCCAUAUCACAAUAAUCUUCAUGCCGCGGACGUCGCUCAAACUAUGCAUUAUAUUUUGUGCCAAACGGGGCUAAUGAAUUGGCUGACCGAUCUAGAAAUAUUCUCGUCACUCGUAGCGGCAAUUAUUCACGACUACGAGCACACUGGGACCACAAACAAUUUCCACGUAAUGUCCGGCAGUGAUACGGCACUUCUCUAUAACGACCGCGCUGUGUUAGAAAAUCACCAUAUAUCAGCGAGUUUCAGAAUAUUAAGGGAAGACGAAUGUAAUAUUCUUCAAAAUCUGUCGCGAGAAGAAUUCCGAGAAUUUCGUUCGCUCGUGAUCGACAUGGUCUUGGCAACCGAUAUGAGCUUUCAUUUUCAACAGCUGAAAAACAUGAAAAAUCUGCUAAGCUUGGCAGAACCGAGCGUCGAUAAGAGCAAAGCCGUCAGUCUCGUGCUCCAUUGCUGCGAUAUUUCUCAUCCCGCGAAAAGAUGGGAUCUUCACCAUAGGUGGACGAUGCAACUGUUGGAAGAGUUUUUUAGGCAAGGCGACAAGGAGAGAGCUCUUGGCUUGCCAUUUUCACCUUUGUGCGACCGUAAUAAUACUUUGGUAGCGGAAUCUCAAAUCGGCUUUAUAGAAUUCAUCGUCGAGCCGAGUAUGCAAGUGUGCAGCGAUAUGUUGGAGACGGUUCUUGGACCGUUGAACGUUAAAGAAAGCGUAGAUGAGUCGGCUAACGGUUCGACAGCAGAAAGUAACAGGUUUAAGAUAGGGAAACCAUGGAUACAGUGUCUCGUAGAGAACAAACAAAUUUGGAAGGAACAAGCGGUUCGAGAUGCAGAGGUUAGGGCACAAAAGGAAGCAGAACAAAAUUCCAAUACGGAAGAGGAAGGGCAGAAUGUUCAAACGACGGCGGAAGAAUGAAAUGCCAGGUCGACGAUCGAAACUUACUUCGAAUAUCUAUGCGAUUUUAGGCUACAAGAAAUUCGUCUUUACGCCGAACUCAUUUUAUCGUCUUAAACUUUUUUCCUCGUAUAUUAUAUUUAUGAAUAGAAAUUAAUAAGGAAUUUACUGUGAAUGCGAACGUAGAUAUAAAAACAUCUAUGCUACUAACGAUGCGUUAGCUUUGGGACGACUAUCCGCUAUAUAUACCUCGACGUCAUUUUCGUGCAACGACUAUCUCUCUAAAUGCUCCCAUAAUAUCCCAUACAUACGUAUUUUCAAUAUCGAUAUCUUUUCGUAAAGUAGAAAAAAAUCAACUUUCUUAUUCCGUGAUAGAUCUUUGUUCGAGUAACGUCUGAUUUCUUUUUCUGUCGUUUUCUUUUUUUUUGGUCCAAAAUCUUUCGUACUUUUACUUAGUAUCAUGUUAAAGUCAUAAUACGAUAUAGAGCGUAGCCUAAAACGAUAGAUGAAAGACAUAUUUUUUAUAAAAAAAGAGAGGGAAGAAUCGAUUAAGCGUUAUUUACUAUCAAUGAGCUUUACAAACUAUUCUUGCAUUAUGAACGCUAUUUCAAUUCGUACCUAUCUUUUUUUAUGUAACUAGUACGUAAAAAUGCAUAAUGCAUUCUUAACAGACUUUAAUGUCACGGAUAAAGUCCCACUUUCAACGAAUUCUAUAACAGAACUGGCAAAUGCAAUUCAAACGCAUCGAUUAAUAACUUCAUUUCAAGCUGGUACAUAAAUUAGAAAGUAAACGGAUAGAGGAGAGACGGAUAUCGAGGAAAAAAAAAAAUUAAAUUAAAUCAAAAGAUUAAACUCAUCGAACUCGAGAUAUCUAUAUGAAUUCCUUGUCUCGACAGUAUAUAAACGUCUUUUUUUUCGUAGUAAGCACGAACGAUAUUUAUAUUAAUCGACAUUAUUCAGAAUCCUUGUAAAUAAGCCUGACAAGACGCACAUUAACUUAUUUUUAUACUUUCACAUUAUUCCGCGAAGAAAGUUACGAAAAGUCUAGUCGAAUGUACGUAUGAAACGUAUGGAGUAAUUGAACGAAAAGGUUCUGGAGAAAUGUUUGUAGAUUUGCUUUUUCGAUUAUCGCACAAGCCAUACCAUCCCUUUCAAAGAAACUUUUUCGUUUGAAGAUGGAAAUAGACGCAUAAGAAUGAAAAUCCGUCCCUCGGAGGGCUCGAACGAGAAACGGAUUUAACGGAUUUUACGGAGAAUCUUGCGAGAGGAAGGUACUUGUAUUAUUUUUUUUGUUCCUCUCUCUUUCUCUACUACCCUCCCUUCCUCCCUCUCUCUCUCUCUCUCUCUCUCUCUCUCUCCCGACGAUCGAACGUUCAGGGCUCUUGCGAUUUUCCGCGUAAAGCCUUCAACGAAUAGAAUCUCGAAAGUAUGAUAAUUACCGACAUAUACACACAUAUAUAUCUCUGUAUAUACUCGCGUUAGAUAUGUACAUGUAUAUCUAUUCGUGAACACGUCGAGGUACAGCUUUAAUCGAUGUAUAUUUAAUGUAAAAGAAAAAUUAUUGUCGUUAGUGUUUAUUUAAACGUCUGUGCUAUAUGUAUAUGUCAAAUAUAUGUGGCGGAUUUGCGAGCGUGUUCACGACGAGCGUUAGCGCGCAAGCUUGAUUACUUGUCCGGGAUUCCUUAGAAGAAAAACUAAGUUACGUAGUGUCGUGUUUGUUUGGCAACUAGUAGCAAUGUAAUUAUGCAAUACGAGCUCACGUAACCGCUAUUAUUUUUUUGCGGUAACGAUCGUCAUAAAAUAAUCUCCGAUUGCGAUCUUUUGCGAGCGUUCACUGUAUAUAGAUGUAGGUAUCGUUGUUCUAUCGAAUAUCUUUGAGGAAGAGAGGGAGAAAAAGGAGGACCAAGCUACGAACAAACGUAUCUUUUUAUGUACCUGUCGUCGUAGUGCACUUACACGCGCAGUACCUAGCAGUUUUAAAAUUGAAAAGUCAAGAGGAAAGAGAAGACUCGAAAGUGACGUUAGUACUUUUCAACAACGUCAAGUGGAUGUGUGUCUUCUGUACGAGUAUAGCACUUCGUAGUUGAAACACGUUAAAAUAUAUCCGUCCUUUAUUUUUGCUGCUCUUUUUCCCAUUUGGUCGUUAGUUAGUUUCAUUCGACGUUUUUACAAGCAAGAAGGUGCAAAGGUGAGAAAUCUAUGGUAUACGUAUAACACGCGUUGCUUUUUUUCUCUCGGAACGAGGAGAGUAUGCGGAUGGUAGAAACGUUGUGUAAAUAGAGCCAUCAGUGCGAUAUUUUAUUUAUUUUUAAUCGCCGGCUCCUUGUUUUUUAUAAAUUAAUGUUGCAAAUGAAAUCUCGCGCAAUCGAUCGCUUACACUCCUCACCAUCCUGCUCCAUUUUUUCUCAUUUUCGUUUGAUUAAACCCAGGCGAAAGCGAUACGCUCUCUCAAAGCGAUUUUAUUAUAUUACGUGUGUGCCUGUGCGUAUAGAAUUGUGUACUAGUAACUAUUAACAAAGGGAAAAGAAAAAAAAAAGAAAGAGGAGUCAAAAUUGCAAGAGUAUCUAGUCGAAACGGGAAAAUACAUUUGACGGAGUAAAGUCAAGUGUGAGAAUAAAAAUAUAUAACAAAUAGAAACAAGAAAUGAUUACAAAUUAAAUCUUCCGAUGAGCAACAAGUAAGAAAUACGAAUUAAGUAUCCUCCCUGCGGCGGAUGAGGGGCCAAAACGCGUGAUAGAAAUAAGAUAUGUACCUAUAUUGGAAGUAGGUUUGUAAAAAAGAGAAUAGUAUCGGAUCGCACGAUUGAAACAGCCAAGAGUGGACGCAAAUUUAUAAUCUUUAAUGUUAUUAUCCUCUAAAAUUUUUCGUAAUGGCACGACGGAACUAUUGUAGGUAUAGAAUUUUCAACUUACCACAAUUCGACGCUCUCCUCAUUCUUAUACGCGCGAUCCGAUAUAUUUAAUCGCGUGAAGCGAACAGUCUUUCCAUCGACGACGAUACAGGCCUUUUCCUAUGCGAUGCAAAAUCUUGACCAAAAAUUCAGAUAACAAAUGAAUUAUACAUAUAUUAGCGCGUUUCUCCGCAUACGUACAAAUUAUUACGCUUCAUUCGGGUUACGAUAACAUGUAAGAAUUUAUUAUUAUUAUUAUUAUUAUUAUUAUUAAUAUUAUUAUAAUUACUACCACUAUUACUAUUAGUAUCAUAAUCCAAAAAAUCGCUAAAAUUGCUGGUUAAAAUUAAAAAAGAAAAAGAUGAAGAGUGAAAGAUAUUUCGUCUUUACCGAACGAUAUCACGGUUAUAGUAAAGCUUCAAAUAAAAUAAUACUCGACCAAUAACGUUAAAUCUUGAAAUAAGCACAUUCACGUAAAAUAUAAGAGUGACGUAUCUCAUACGGAGAAUUAUUUCCGUUUUGCUAAUAUUUGGCCACUGCAAAUUAUAUCAUCGCAAAUUGACUUUAGUUAAUGACGUUUGUUAUCGACGUCGCCAGGAUGGCUUGUUUCGACGUAUGUAUCGAGCAUUGAAAUUGAUAUAUCUACAUUUUUUCUGUAUUUUAUUUCUUCGGUAUAAUUCAAAACGAAACAUGUACAUAAUCGUUCAUUUUAGCACCGUAUCUGUUUGAUGUGAUGUGAUUAAUCAAAAAUACGUCGAAAGAAAAUAAUAUAUUAUCCAGAAAUCGUGUAUAAUUAGCCCUGUAUUCUCUAUAAUUCUACAGAGAAAUAAAAAUACUCGAUUAGUUACCGAUUGGAUUCCCA